UUCUGUUACACUACUAUCUCGGUCUCUCUUCUGACCAGGUUUCUCAUCAAAUUAGGGUUUUUUUUUGUUGUUGUUGUUAACUUCGCUCCAAGAUCUCGGAUCAGUUCUCAAAAGGAUUCAUUUCAAAGAUCAGAUAAAAUCAUGUCGGUAGAUAAAGAUCUUUCAUCGGAACGACCAGAAUCCAAAAGGCAGAAGAAAGAACCCUCGUUUUCAUUGUUGUCUCCUGAUAACUGUGGUCACUGGUACAUUCGUCAUGGAGUCUGCACCGUCUGCAGAUCAAAGGUAGACAAAAAUAGCCAAGGCCGAGCACUCGACUAUCAUUUCGACGGUUUACAGCUAAGCCAAGAGGCUUUAGCGUUAACAAAGCGUCUCACAACGAACUUCUCUUGUCUCAACAUGAAGAAGCUUCACCUUGUUCUUGACUUGGACCACACGCUUAUUCACUCCGUUAGGGUUCGAUGUCUCUCCGAAGCAGAGAAGUAUCUCAUCGAAGAAGCGGGUUCAACUACAAGAGAAGAUCUGUGGAAGAUGAAGGUCAGAGGAGAUCCCAUACCGGCCAUAACCAUCGAAUACUUGCUGAAGCUACGGCCUUUUGUUGGCGACUUCUUGAAAGAAGCCAACGAGCUGUUCACGAUGUAUGUUUACACAAAGGGUACUCGCAGAUACGCUAAAGCCAUUUUGAAGCUGAUUGAUCCGAAGAAACUUUAUUUUGGGCAUAGAGUGAUAACAAGAAACGAGAGUCCUCAUGCGAAGACUCUUGAUUUGGUUUUGGCCGAUGAACGUGGAGUGGUGAUUGUGGAUGACACGCGUAAAGCAUGGCCUAAUCACAAGAGUAACCUAGUGUUGAUUGGCAGAUACAAGUACUUUAGGUUCGAAAGCCGAUUGUCAAAGCAUCACUCCGAGGAAAAAACAGACGAGAGUGAAAACAACGGUGGAUUGGCCAACGUUUUAAAAUUACUCAAGGAAGUUCACCGUAGAUUCUUCAAGGUAGAGGAAGAGUUGGAGUCACAAGACGUUAGGUUGCUGCUGAAAGAUGUAGACUUCGGUCGCCUACGAAGAUUGUCUAGAAUGAUCACUCUCGGUAUAGACCGUAUUUAG